AUGCCCCGCGCGCGCAAGGGACGCGCGCCCCGCCAGGGCGGCCGGCGCCGCGGAGCCGGUACCCGAAGCAGUACCCAGGCUGACUCAGGUUCCAGUGAAGAUGAGGCAGCCAGUGAGGCACGCAGCACCACCAGUGAAUGCCCCAGCCUUCUGAGCACUGCUGCAGAGGACAACCUUGGGGGGGAUGCCGUGGAUGAGCAGGGCCAGCAGGAAGACCUUGAGGAGAAGUUGAAAGAAUGUGUGGACUGCCUUACAGACAAGAGUGCCAAGACCCGGCAAAGUGCACUUGAGAACCUCCGCCUGACCCUGGCGUCCCACCUACUCCCCGACUUCUUGCUGGAACGCAGCCUCACAUUGACCGAUGCCUUAGAAAAGUGCCUCAAGAAAGGGAAGGGUGAGGAACAGGCCCUGGCCGCUGCCGUGCUAGGCCUGCUCUGUGUGCAGUUGGGCCCUGGACCCAAGGGCGAGGAGUUAUUCUGCAGCCUGAAGCCCCUGCUGGUCUCUGUGCUCAGUGACAGCACAGCUAGCCCUGCUGCCCGACUCCACUGUGCUUCCACUCUUGGUCUGGGUUGCUACGUGGCUGCUGAUGAUGUCCAGGACCUGGUGUCUUGCCUUUCCUGCUUGGAAGGUGUUUUCAGCCGGUCCUGUGGUCUGGGUAGCUCUGCAGCCCCUGUGGUCCCUGCCAGCCUGCAUGGCCUGCUCUGUGCUGCGCUACAAGCCUGGGCAUUGCUACUCACCAUCUGUCCCAGCACCCACAUCACCCAGAUUCUGGACAGGCAACUGCCCCGGCUGCCCCAACUCUUGUCUAGUGAAAGUGUGAACCUGCGGAUGGCAGCCGGCGAGACCAUCGCCCUGCUUUUUGAGCUUGCCCGGGACCUUGAGGAAGACUUCAUUUACGAGGACUUGGAGACCCUCUGUGGGACCCUACGCACCCUGGCCACCGACAGUAACAAGUACCGUGCCAAGGCUGACCGCCGGCGGCAACGCUCCACCUUCCGUGCUGUGCUGCAUUUUGUUGAGGGUGGCGAGUAUGAGGAAGAGACAGUCCGCUUCGGACUUGAGGUGCUCUACGUGGACAGCUGGGCUCGGCGCCGGAUCUAUGCUGCCUUCAAGGACGUGCUGGGUUCGGGCAUGCACCACCAUCUUCAGAACAAUGAGCUACUCCGUGACAUCUUUGGCCUGGGCCCUGUGCUGGUGCUGGAUGCCACCGCCCUGAAGGCCUGCAAGAUCUCACGCUUUGAGAAGCACCUGUACAACGCUGCCGCCUUCAAAGCCCGGACCAAGGCGCGCAGCCGCAUGCGGGACAAGCGGGCGGACGUCCUGUGAGGCUGGACCUGCUGAAGUGGAAACUGUCCACACCCUUGCCCGUAUUUUUAACAGAAGACAGUGCAACACCUGGUUCCUGCCAGGAAUUGUCACUUUAUUUUUUUAAUGACAAAACCAAAAACAGUGGGACAGACAUGGGAGUGGGUGGCUGAGGCCAGGCCACUUGGGGCCCUGACCCUUUGUCCCUGCACUUAGCCAUGUGUCCUCUUCCUUUCCUGUCUCAGGGCAGAUGUGUGCCUGUCCCCAGGCUGUGGGACAGGCGGGGUGGGGGUGUCUCCCUUCCUUUCUCUCCUUUCUCAGGUCUUGCUCCCCUGGGAUGAACCGUUUCCUUUGGGGGGACAGCAUCUGGACAGAUGCCACCAUAGCAGGUGGGGAGGCAGGGAUUAUGGGGAUGAAUUUGUGGUUUGUGAAGAUGAUUAGAGAUAAUUAAACUGAAUGCUCAGCCUUCUGCAGCCCUGGCAUCUUGGUGUUCUUCCUGCCG